UAAUAACUGUUAUCCAUAUUUAGUUACCUAAAAGAAAAAGAAAAAACUGUUAUCAAUAUUUGAUUUUCUCCCAACAAAUUGACAUAUUUCCCUCUAGCUAAUGGCUGCAAAAGUUGAUCCGUUGGUGGUUGGACGAGUAAUUGGUGAUGUAGUGGACAUGUUCGUGCCUAGUGUCACUAUGUCUGUCCACUUUGGUACCAAACAUGUUACAAAUGGCUGCGAUAUCAAACCCUCUAUUGCCACUGAACCUCCAAAAAUCACCUUGGGUGGCCAGGCUACUGACUUUUACGCUCUGGUCAUGACGGACCCGGAUGCUCCCAGUCCAAGUGAACCAACUAUGAGAGAGUUGGUGCAUUGGAUUGUGACAGACAUACCUGGGCGCGGCAACGUUGCUCGAGGGAAGGAGAUCCUGGGGUAUGUUGGGCCACGUCCACCGGUGGGGAUCCACAGGUACAUACUGGUUCUGUUCCAACAGAAAGCGCCAAUGCCAGGAAUGUUGCAGCCGCCAGUAGUUCGGUCUCAUUUCUGCACUCGCUUGUUCGCACAACAGCUUGAUCUCGGCGCUCCCGUCGCUACUGUUUACUUCAAUGCCCAUAAGGAACCGGCGAAUCGUAAGCGCUAAGAAGUAACGACUAUGGACAAUCUAGGAGGCAUAUAUAUCAUGUGUGGAUGUCGUUAAUUAAUGCUAUCAGUGGAUUUUACCUACUUUGUUGUCCGUGUAAUUUGGUGUUUAUUUGUAUGUUCUGGCACUUAUUAUUAGCCAACUCUUAGUCUGAAACGCGAAGUAUAUCUUCCGUAUAUUAAUUUAUGUUUGCUAGCUGGUGAUCUAUGUAUUAUACUUAUUACUACUUAUAUGGAUCUGGCUUCUUUUUGAA